AUGACAUCUAAGGGCAAAGAAAUUCAAGAAUCUAACACAUCUCAACCUGAUGAAUCUGGAAUAUCCGAAAUCAGAACUGGAGAUACCAAUGAGAAAAACAGCCAUUUCAAAGGAAAUAUCAACAAAAAGAGAAUGCUUUCCCCUGUGACAACAACACCUUAUCCUUCUAACAUGGUUAAACCUAUUGCAUUUUACGCCUAUAUGUCGAAGAACACACCAAUAAUAACUAUUCAGCAUCCCUUGUCGUUCGAUGUCGUGAAAACCAAUCUUGGAAAUGGGUACCAUUCUACAACAGGGGUAUUCAUGGUGCCGGAAAGCGGGGUUUAUGUAUUUACUUGGACAAUCAGAGUUCGUUAUAGUAGUUAUCACUCAACACAACUGAUGGUUAAUACUGAUGAACUGGGAGUAGUUUACCUAAGUGUCGCCUCUGGUUCAGACGUUGGAGUUACAGGGAUUGUUGUGGCGCAUGUCAAUAAGGGAGAUGACAUCUACGUCAGGACACAUGCUUCGUGGAAUAAUGGAAAUAUUAUUAGUGACAAUGCAGGAAGAUCGUCAUUUGCAGGAUGGAAACUAUUUUAA